AAAGCAUUAAUCGGUUAGUUUGGCAAUUUUUAGAUCCUAAAUGCUUUUGCAAGAUUAUGCACUUAAGGAUUUAACGAAUUUGAAAAAAAUGUUUCCCACUGAAUUGGGGAGUCGAAGAUGUCAACAUUUAAAUGGACUGAGAAGCAACCAGAAUUAGUUCGUUUUAUGGCGACUAUAGACAAUAGUUUAAUAAGAAGAAAGAGCGUCAUUCUUGUGCCCCACAUUUGUUGUUUGUAUUUUAAAUAUUUAGAAGUGGUGUUGCUUCAGUUGCAGCCACUGUUUCGAGCAAAUACUGUGACGAAUAAUGAAUUAUUUGCAUUAAGGAACUAGAUUUAUUUGCUUUCUCACAUAAAAACUUAAUUGCAAUACUUGUAUUGCACUAAUGUGAAACUUGGAAAUAUGAAGUUACGUGUCGCUUUUUUGGUGAUUUAUGCAUUAGGCUGUCUGGCGCAGGACGUAGAUCCCAAAUGUUUUGAUAAUUAUGCAGUUUCUGGCUACUGCUGUCGUAGCAAAAGCAGAGAAGAUCGAAAAUCGAAUGCGACUGAAUUGAAUAAUCGAAAAUGUCAACUUCGGCACACCUGGACCUUUAAUUGGAAUGCGAACUAUUGUAUUCGGUUUAUAUAUCGUGGCUGCGGUGGCACUAAGAAUCGUUUUCCCACGCUCAAAAUGUGCGAGGAGUACUGUCUGGUCGGCAAUUAUGGAUAUUAUGAUGACUAUAACUAUUUUUAUUAUAACAAUUAGAGCAUGGGUUCUAAGAGUCAGAUGUUGUGGCUAAAAUUCAAUUGCAUAAUUUAUUGUUCCCCUUUUUUAUUCAACUAAAGCUAAUUCUAUUACAAAUGAGAAGAU